CACGUGUUGUUACGUAAUUCUAACAUAAAAUUCGUCAGAGUACCUAAAAAUACGACUCAUUAUACUGGAUACUGUUGUUGCUGCUUAACUAUAUUAAGUGUAUCUUCCGUUCUUGAUUUUAGUAACGUGGGUACAAACGAGGUUAAGAACCACAUCAGAUAAAACGCUCAGUUUAUUCUAACACGUUGUCGAUGGUGCUCGACACAAUAAGUCGUGUUUACUGUCGGUUGUGGAACUGAUAUUAUUACCCGAAAACAAGUAUGAAGAAAUCGGCGAAAUAUGAUCAACCCGGUGCAAUUGAAAGUGAUAAUAACACACAGCCACUCAAACCAUGCUUAAAAGGAGAUUGGACGAAUAUUUCCCUAUUGAUGUUGUUGUAUACACUUCAAGGUGUACCACUGGGGUUUUCAACGACUAUACCAGUGAUUUUACAAAACCAAAAAAAUGUUUCCUAUCAAGAUCAGGCUAUAUUUAGUGCUGCAGGUUGGCCAUUCAGUAUGAAACUUCUAUGGGCACCGCUAGUUGAUUCCUUGUAUGUAACGAAAAUUGGAAGAAGGAAAUCUUGGCUUUUGCCUGUUCAGUAUUUGCUAGGUACAUUUUUUCUUUACACAGCUGUCCAUUUUGAUAGCUGGAUAGGAACUGAGGGUAAGCCUCAAGUGGCUAUUAUAACGUUUGUGUUUUUUUGCACUAACUUUCUUGCUGCUACACAGGAUAUAGCUGUUGACGGUUGGGCUCUAACCAUGUUGAGGAAAGAAAAUGUAGGCUAUGCGUCUAUGUGUAAUACAUCAGGUCAGGCAAUUGGAAUGUUUUUAGGAUAUGUCUUUCCAAUUCUUUUGGAUUCCGAAAGUUUCUGUAAUAAUUAUUUGCGCAGUGUACCUGCCAAUGGAGGAAUGGUAUCUAUGCAAAGUUUUUUUUACUUUUGGGGAGUCGCUUUUAUGUUGAUAACUUCACUUGUUGGUCUAAUAAAGAAAGAAAACAAAGAUCGAUCGGCAGAUUGCACAGAAGACAAAUUAAAUGUGUUUAAAACUUACUCCGUGCUGUGGGACAUUGUUAAAAUGCACGGUAUCCGCAUAUUGAUUUUCGCUUUGAUUACUUACCGGAUUGCUUUUGCUACUGUGGAUAAUGUAACAAAUUUAAAACUAAUUGAUGCCGGAGUAUCUCGUGACAAUUUAGUUAUCGUGCAAACAGCCCUUUAUCCCGUUAAAAUGUUAAUACCUAUAAUUGUGUCCAAAUAUACUUCGGGUCCGAAACCGAUGAGCACUCUGCUGAACAUUUUCCCUUUUAGGUUACUUUGUGGAAUUUCAUCGGGGUUAUUGGUUUAUUAUACACCAUUAUUUGUAGAAAAAGGCAACAUUGACGCAAAAGUACCAUUUGAAUAUUUUGUUUUAUUUGGAUUAACAUUGUUUUUUCAUGAGCUGUUGGUGUACUGCAUGUUUGUGGCUCUGUUAGCGUUUUUCUCGCGAAUAAGUGAUCCACGUUUUGGAGGAACGUACAUGACUCUCUUAAAUACUGUUGCUAAUUUGGGCAUUUCUUGGACAAAUACAAUAUCACUAAUUUCGAUUGACUGGCUAACAGUCAAAAAGUGUUCAACUAAUUCAAAUAACGAUUGUUCUACGCAAGUGCUCGGAAUGGAGUGCAGUUCAAUUGGCGGAAGCUGUUCGACUACAAUCAAUGGAUACUAUUUGGAAAUCAUAAUUUGUACGAUAAUAGGAAUCAUAUGGUAUGUUUGUUUCAAUAAACCCCUAAGAAAUUUACAAACUAAGAGUAAUGAGCAUUGGUUGGUAAACUUUAACACAUCAGUUCCAGAAAAAAACGAACAAUUACGAUCUUUGACUUAGGUUAAUAAAGCCUUUUAAUAUGCAAACAACAAUUUUAAUAUAAAAAAGACUUUAAACACUAGUCUACUUUAAUAGUUUUUAUGUAUGUACAUUUGCAGAAAUUAUUUUUUUAAAUUU